AAAGCAGCUUUCAAGUCAGAGAGCACGAGUUCAGAAUGCCAAAAUGAAAAUUAAUGGCUCUCUGGUAAUAAAAUACAGGAAUAAUAUGGAUAAUUGGUAUCCAGAAUAAUUAUUAGCCAAUACCCUUUACACUCUUCUACCACCUACCCUCCUGUGCUGGGUGCUAACAUUCAAAAUUUCAAGUCCUCUCAUGCCUGUAGGGUGCUUCUCAAUGGUGGGUGGUCAGAGAAGAAGGCUCCAAAGAAAGGAAGGGUCCACGUAGAUAGAAGGGGACAGGGUCAUCUGAGUCCUCUCAAGUGAUACAGGAGACAGAAGAUGGGAGAAAGCUCACUAGGUUCUAGGCAGAAAGUUCCAGACCAACAUGCUAUAUUAAGUGUCCAACUUGGGCACUGUAAAUCGGCUUUUUAGGUCUAGCUGUGCUACCGACCAGCUAUGUGCCUUGGGCUUGUCAUUUGGGAGCUCAGUUUCCUAACUUAAAAGUAAGACUUUUGAAUGAGGUCACCUCUAAAAACCUUCCCAUGACUGAAAUGACUCAAACCUAGUGUAUAACCACCAGCUAUUCUGACUUACUGGGCACGUCUUUGGGAAGAAUAAGGGUGACCAUAGGUUGUGGAGGUGUUAAGUGUUUCUCCCUUACUGUGUAAAGUAUUUGCAAAAUGGAAAAUCAACAGCUGUGCUACACAGUCUUUCCAGGUUCACCAGAACAGGUUAGCCCUACCAAUCACCUGAGUUACGGUUUGUCAUGACUUCAGAGAUAGGGAACCUGCACCCUUCUCUCUCAGUAAUGGUGGAGCUCCUGGGCAAGAGAGGUCCCUGAUUUGUGUCACAACUUGUAACUUGGCUUUAGUUUUUUAAUUCUGUGAAGGUAAGUGCCCAGCCUAAAGGUGUUCUGCCAGUCAUUUUGGUACUAUUACAGAUUUUUAAAAAUUCUAUGUAAACAUGUUUGCUAAGGGUGUUGAAUUUUCCAGUUAGAAAGCUUAGUGUUUAGAAGAUGAAGUUGAAUGAUCUUAAAAUGAUGACGAUGGCAGAAGAAUCAGCAUUUUGUUGACAGUGUGGACUUUUUACAGAGUUAUGUGUCUCAAGUGGCUUGGUGUUUAUUGCUGAUGUCUAUUCUACCUCUUUAGCAUUUUAAAAUUAGAUCGCCAGGCUCCCCUUCCUUAUGCUUCUGUUCCAUUGGGUUUAGACGUAUUGGGGUGCUGAGGUGGGGAACUACAGGAAGAUGGGUCACUUACUCAAAUCUGAAUCUAGUUUGUAGGUAAAUAUAUUUACAUGUAGUCAGGAAAUUGCGUGAAAUCUACAAAAAGGAGAGUCAACAAAACUCAGCAAUGCUAAGCAUUUUCUAGAGGAGGAUGGAACUGCCAAUUCUAGAGACCUGUCAGUUCCACAAAAAGGAUUGUCCCGAUUACCUGAGCCUGGUGGUAAAAUCGCCUCUUCCGGUGGAACUGGAUGUUUAAAGCAGAUGCUCCCAUGUUUCACGCCAACUCUGGUUUAUGAAUUCGUCUCUGAGGAGCUCUGCUCACACGAACCAGUUGUCUUCAGCAGAUUCAUUCACUUUUGACCGUUACUGGGAGUCCCCGUGAUUCGGGCCGUGGGUUGGUGCUGCCUUGACGGGUUGGAAGCUCUGCUCCGGUCCCCACAGCAGGGUGCGCAGGUAUGGCGUCUCAGGUUUAAGGAGGCUUCACUCCUUGUUAGACGACGCUUCCCAGUAUUUAGGACAGUCCCUCCUGUCGGGCCCCUGGAAGUUCUGCCCCGAGUAACAUUCGGCGUGAGCGAGGACGUCUGCUACAGCGUGGAAGACUGCUGAUGUGCACGUAGGUGCGUCCUCAGACCAGAAAGCAGCCCAAGCCAUCGCCACGCCGGCCCCGCCCCCCGAAACGGGGCUGCCCAUGCAAAUCAGCCGCGGUCGAGCCCGCCCACCCCACGGCUCCGGAAGCUGCAGUGCCCUCGUCCAGCUCCGCGCGGCGGCUCCCGGGGCCACGUUUCCGCCGGGCCGCCUGCCUCGCAGCGAUGGCGAUGCAGAUGGCUGCGCGGCGCGGGCGGCCAGUGCGGGUGCUGGUGGACAUGGACGGCGUUCUGGCGGAUUUCGAGGCCGGCCUCCUGCGGGGCUUCCGCCGAAGCUUCCCCCGGGAGCCGCACGUGCCGCUGCAGGAGCGCCGCGGCUUCCUCGCCUGCGAGCAGUACCGAGCCCUGCGCCCGGACCUGGCGGACAAAGUGGCCAGUGUGUAUGAAGCCCCAGGCUUUUUCCUAGACUUGGAGCCCAUCCCUGGAGCCUUGGAAGCAAUGCGGGAGAUGAAUGACAUGCAGGAUACCGAGGUCUUCAUCUGCACCAGCCCUCUGAUGAAGUAUGACCACUGUGUGCACGAGAAGUACCACUGGGUGGAGAAGCACCUGGGGCCCCAGUUUGUGGAGCGCAUUAUCUUGACGAGGGACAAGACGGUGGUCUUGGGGGACCUGCUCAUUGAUGACAAGGACACCAUUCAAGGCCAAGAGGAGACCCCAAGCUGGGAGCACAUCUUGUUCACCUGCUGCCACAACCAGCACCUGGCCCUGCCCCCCCCACGGAGACGGCUGCUCUCCUGGAGGGACAACUGGAAGGAGAUUAUAGACAGCAAGCGGGGAGCCCUGCAGCGGGACCGAACCGGCCUGGGGCCGCCCCAGGAAUAAGGUGAGGGGCCAUGGCCGUGGACAGUAGCUGAUGGAAGGCAGACCAGCAGCGAGCCCGGGCAGAACUGAGCGACAGGGCAGCAUCAUGGCAAUGACCCCUCAGCACUGUGCCAGCCACCUGAACCCUCCUGGCAGAGCUGGCCUGGAAACAUGGUGGGAAAAUCAGGAAACUUUUUAAUAAAACACUUUGGCUCACUGCUC